GCCCCAAAUGUAUCCCAAAUAAGUUCCAUUUAUGUCGUCGCCGCGCUUAAUGGUGUAAACCCGUUGUUCUCUUUGUCGAGAUCUUCCUCGCGUCGCUGUGAUUAUCGUGCGUGAAGUAUUUAUAAAGCCGGAAGUAUUUAACACCGCAUAACAUUUCGCGUAUUAUUCCGACAUAGUGGCGGUGUGCGUCUUUGCUCUCGAAAUAAGAUACAUCUGUCUAAUUGAAUAGCGGAAUAAAUCUCGGAAUAAAAAUUCGUUAAGAUUUCUCAGUGACUUAAUUUUGUUGUGCACGCGACAGUUACAUGUACAUUUUACGCGCAUUCUGUAUACUCGCAUGAAGAUGGAAUAUUCGUCGAUGAUACUGCUACUCGCUUUCUUCGGUCAAUGCCUCGAUUACUCUUGGCAGCAGAGUUCGUCGUCCCGCGGAUGUCCCCAGAUACGACUGACUAACGGAAAAAUUCGUAAUCGGGGUCGAGGUAGAAUCUUAAGGUUUAGUUGUCACGAUGGAUACACACUUGUGGGCAACAGGUAUGCCACGUGCGUACGUGGCGAAUGGGAUACCCCUGCUCCCGUAUGUGUGAACGCGGAAUGUCCCGUACCGACGACUCCAAAACAUGCAAUUAUGGCAGAGAAAUUGAAUGGCGCAAUAUUGAUGUUUUUCUGCGAAUUUGGUUACACCCUGAUCGGCAACGCUGAAAUUUAUUGCGACGGACGCAAGUGGAAUGGAACGAUUCCUAGUUGUCGAAUGGCGAACGUACCCGCGCCGACAAAAUGCGAUUUUGAAAACCCGGAUCUUUGCUGGUGGGAACAGGAUCCAUUGCACGAUUUCGAUUGGAAACGUCAUAACUUUGAGACACCGUCUUUACAUAUCGGCACCGGUCCUACGCACGACCAUACUCUGGGAGCCGGAAACGAGGGACAUUAUCUUUAUAUCGAGGCAUCCGGACGAUUAGUGAACGACACGGCGAGAAUUAUAUCUCCGUUAUAUAAUUCCUCAUUGACUGAAUCAGGAUGUUUUUCAUUCUGGUAUCAUAUGUAUGGUGCCACAAUCGGCUCAUUGAAUAUAUAUUUCAAGCAAGAGAAUGCUCCGCUUCAAUUAAUAUUCACCAAAAGUGGAAAUCAAGGAAAUCAGUGGCUUCAUGGCAUUUCCAAUCUACCGAAAACUAAUGUCAGCUUUCAGAUUGUCAUAGAAGGAGUACGAGGUAGUACUUACGUGAGUGAUAUCGCGAUAGACGAUGUCGCUGUUUUACAAGGGGAUGAGUGUAUUGUUAAAAACGAGUCUACCAGCGUGACCGUAAGCAAUGAAGAUCAAAUCGAAAUAGUUAACGCGCAACAAACCUGUCGGGACAGAUGCGUUUGGACGGAAAGCAUUGCUCCUUCCGCCCCGUCAUUUGGGCCGGAGAGUUGCCUUUGCACGAUCGAUUGUAUGGUCCGCUCUAUUUGCUGCCCAGAUUAUCCUGAAUAUUGCAUACUGGGAGUCACAAUGUACGAUAAUAUCACGACGGGGUCGCCGAGUAAGGCGACGGUUGCACCGGCGAAGAAUUCCACUCUGACAGGAUUUCCUAUAAAUCCGAAGGAUGACAUCGACCCAGGUGUGUCCAACUCGUCGAUCACACCGCGAAGAACAACGACGACGGCUACAACGCGAAGACGAAGUAUGCCUUCGGUUGUAACAGUCAAGAGUCAAACUAUGAAACCCUUGCGAACAAUAACGCAGCAGACGGAAAUGAAGGAAACGCCUUUCGUAUCCAAGAUGACUUCGACAACAAAAUAUGUAGAACUUGAGGAUCGAUUAGAUCUACACAAUAUGGAGCAGAAUCCGAGAAAGAUGAAACAAGAUAGAGGCAUCGAAAUACUGAUGAUCGUCGCCGGAGUGUGUGUAACUUUGGUCUUGCUCUCCAUGGCGAUUGUGAUUAUCGUUAUCAGGAGGAGAAAAACUUAUAAGAGAGGAGCGAGCGGAUCGGCGCUCUCAGAAGACAGCGACGUCCGUUUUUUAACAUCGGACGAAAUACUUGACUUUAAUUUAGCUCGACCUAAUGAUAACGAUGAAAUGUUAUAGCCUUACGUUAUCAAAAUUCUUUUAAAACGAGAUUAAAUAGAAUUAAAUUAAAUUUAUUCUUUGACUAAAUCAUUUGAUUAAGCGUAGAAAACUCGACGAGAGCGAAUAUAGUUCCAUAAUCGCAGCUGUAUUUUACAUUUAUUGAGAAUUUUUAUUUUCUGAUUUUUUUUCCAAUUACAGACGAAUAGAAAUUAUUUGAUUUUUGCCUCAUCUGAGGAAAAAUCCUUAAUUACCUGGUUGUUUGAAAUAUUACAUAUGUAUAUUUUUAUGACUAUGUGGCGAUUGGAUCUCUACCCUAACUAAUUGUAAAAUUUAAUCUACGUAAAAUAUUCUUUUAAUUAUAAAAUUCAAUUUGCAUAAAAACUUAAACAAGAAUAUAAGGAAGCAGUUAAACGUAUUCAGGCAGAUGAAUUCGCGGAACCGAUCAGCUGUUAGGUCGAAGCAAAAAAUGACAGCAUAAACUUAGCAAAAACAGAAGGAGACAGAUACAGGAGACAGUUAGGUCGUUGGUGAAUAGAUAGGAAAAUAACGACGUGGAUUUAUAAAACCGAUUUUUACUAAAUUGCAUAGACUUAGUGCGGCGAACGUUUAUCUGUACAUAAUCGUAAUGCUGUACGCGUCAAAUAAUAAAAUAAAUAAUAAUUACAAAUUGUAAGCGCUGAAAAGAAAGUAUAACAAUACUAGGGUUUGAUAUUUAAAUGUCUCCUUAUAAAUAGUAGUCAAACCAAAGAGACAUUUAAAUAUCAAGGAGACUGAAUUUGACUGGUGACCGACAAAUAAUGAGAAAUAAUAAUUCGGCUGGCGGACGCAGUGAACGUUCUACGCGAACGUGUGAACACUAUUGUAAGACAAUCAAAUAAAUCGAACUUAGUUUGUGCCCGAA